UCUUCUUACUUUAACCUAAACUAUUAUAUUUCCUUAAAACAAAAUAUCCCUCAAACUAAGCAGUCAGUGACAGUAAGCUGCAGAAAUCUGCUGGAUAAAGACACAUUUUCCAAGUCAGAUCCAUUAUGCGUGCUCUAUACUCAAGGUGUGGAAACCAAACAGUGGAGAGAGUUUGGCAGAACGGAGGUGAUCGACAACACCCUAAAUCCAGAGUUUGUCAGAAAGUACAUCUUGGACUACUUUUUCGAGGAGAAGCAGAACCUUCGCUUUGACUUGUAUGACAUGGACUCCAAAAGUCCAGACCUGUCCAAACACGACUUUUUGGGUCAGCUGUUCUGUACUCUUGGGGAGAUUGUUGGAUCACCAGUCAGUCGACUGGAGAAACCACUGGGGUAA